AUGACCACCUUGACGCUUUGUCCUUUGGUAUCUGCAGAAAGCAACGCUGCUCCCUCUCUUUCUCUGGCGCAGCUGUUGCUGCUGUGUUGGUGUGGGUGGCGCUGGAGCCGUGGGUGUCCCCUCACGUCCCGUGUCCCGAGUCCCUGGGCUCGUGUGGCUGUUUGUGUUCCUGUCUCUGUCUGUGUCCCUGUCUCUGUCUGUGUCCCUGUCACCCGGGGCCGGGACAGCGGCCCCCGCCCGGCCUCAGCUCCGCCCGCCUCAGGACGCGGCCUAGGGGGGGACAUUGUGGGUUCAGCAGCACCGCUGAUUUCUGCCAGCGCUCCCUCAGCGCGGCUCCGCUGCCCGGUCACUUCUGUGGGGCGGGUGGUGCCUUUUCACUUGGAGAACGACGCCCUAAAUCGCAGCGUGCGGCGCUGGCCCCUCGCCGCCCGCGGAGCCGCUCGUGCCAGCGCCCCUCAGAAAGUUUGCGGCGUUCUGUCCCUGUGCCGUGUCCGCCCGUGCCUUGGCGGCUCCAGGAGAGGCGAUCCGGGCUGCACCUGCGCUGUGCCAGCGGCUCCCACACCCCAGGGGCAGCCCCGCGGGCGGAGGGCGUGCGCGGGGCCGGGGCAGCGGCAGGGGCCAGGCCCCGGGGCGGACGGGCUCCUGCCCGACCUCUUCCGCGGGACACUGGCUGCGAGGGGAGUGACGAGAGCCUUGGGUCGCUGCUGGGACGGAGCAGUUUGUUUGUCCCGGGCCCUGCCGGUGUCAGGAGUGGAAGCGGCGGCUCUGCGGUCCCGCGCUGCAGCAGAAUGCUAUACAGCCAAUGGGGCUGACUAUCGUGGCACUCAGAACCAGACCUCCCAAUAUGCAGGGAAACCUUGUCUUUUUUGGAAUGAGACCUUUGAGCAUCCCUAUAAUACUGUGAAAUAUCCCAAUGGGGAGGGAGGGCUUGGAGAGCAUAAUUACUGCAGAAACCCCGAUGGGGAUGUCAGCCCCUGGUGCUACAUUGCAGAACAUGAGGAUGGAAUAUACUGGAAAUACUGUGAGAUUCCAUCCUGCCGAAUGCCAGGAAAUCUGGGCUGUUACAAGGACCAUGGAGAGCCACCACCUUUGACUGGCACCAGUGAAACCUCCAACAAACUCACAAUCCAAACGUGCAUCAGCUCCUGCAGAAGUCAACAGUUUAAGUUUGCAGGCAUGGAAUCAGGUUAUGCUUGUUUCUGUGGAAAUAAUCCUGACUACUGGAGAUACGGGGAGGCAGCCAGUACAGAAUGCAACAGUGUUUGCUUUGGAGACCACACUCAGCCCUGUGGUGGGGAUGGCAGAGUCAUUCUUUUUGACACCCUUAUAGGUGCCUGUGGAGGGAAUUACACUUCUGCUACAGCUGUGAUCUAUUCCCCAGAUUUUCCUGACACAUAUGGCACAGGCAAAGUCUGUUAUUGGACCAUACAAGUUCCAGGAGCAUCUCAAAUCCACUUCAACUUUGUCCUGUUUGAAAUCAAAGAUGCUACAGAUAUGGUGGAAUUGCUGGAUGGUUAUACCUAUCACGUUCUAGCUCGUUUCAAUGGCAAGAACCGGCCUCCCCACACCUUUAACAUCUCUUUGGAUUUUGUCAUUUUGUACUUUUUCUCAGAUGACAUCAAUCAAGCCCAGGGAUUUGCUAUCAGGUAUAGAGCUGUGAAGGACAAUGUGCAUCAAAAUAAGAUCCCAGUGAAUCACACCCUUUCAGAGAGGAUAAAUGAACAAACAAAUCUCAGCAUCAAUGCAGCCCGGUCAUCAAAGAUACUCUAUGUCAUCACAACCAGCCCAAGCCAUCCUACUAGCUCCAUGCCUGAAUGGACAAUAUACAGUCUCACAGCACUGCUCAUUCUAAGUGUUACAGCCAUAAUAGCAAAGAUUCUUCUGCACAUUACCAUGAGGUCCCACCAGAUUCCAGCUGCAGCUGAAACAGAAGACUGCAGUGAUGUCACUACUGCUGGUGAGAUCUGGAGUAUAUUUUACCAACCAUCCACAUCAAUAUCCAUCUUCAAGAAAAAGCUUCGAAAUCAACAAGACGAUUGCAACCCACUGGUGGGAAACUGAAGUGUCUUUUAUUCUUCAAGAAUGGAUCUUCUUAAAAUCCAGGUGACUUGAGAUUAACCUUCCUUAUUUUCCUCUCAAUCUCAUACCUGUUUUCCAAAAAAUCCAUUUCCAAAGGCUUUUGAGUGACUUUGCCUAUCUGCUGCUCUCUUGGAUAUACCAGUGACAACAGAUUGAACUGUUGCAGCAAUAAUUCUGAAAUACCUGGUGCUCCUCAAGUCUGUAGUGCUGUUAAUUACUGCCUUUAAACCAUUGCACUUAAAGUAGAUGUAAAAACUCAUAAAAUUCAAAAUGUCCUGUACCCCUGCCAAAGGCAACUGAAGGGUUGAGGAUGAGGAUUUCUUGUGUCCCACUCGCCUGUACCACUGUAUUUCAUCAGGCUACUUUAGUCUUUUUUUUUUCUCAAGGCUGAAGACAGAGGUGGGUACUGAUAACCUGUUCAGCUACCACAGCAAACAGAGCUUACCUGCCUUGAUGUAAACACAUCUAAAUGGUACUAUACAGCAGAAUGGGAAUCAAAGACUGGAAAAAUUAUCAGCCUGGUUGCUCAGUGCUGUGCUCUUUCUGCAUUUCCUGUUUCUUGUGUCUUCAAGCAGAGAUGCAAACAUAAAAAAUCAAAUUCAGGACACCUCUAAACCAAGAUUCAGCUACAAAUAUGCAUUUUGAUUGACUAGUGCUGACCAGGUCAAGGCCUGCAUGAGCAUUGAAACCUUUUAAAUGACUCUGUCUGACCCAUCAUUCACUGAUGUUUAUGAUAAUUUUGUUUAUACUCACAGUGAUCCUUUAAAAAAAAUUUUGUACUCCAUACCCAGCAUUUAUCCUGGGUAUAAGCUUAGGGCUUCUUAAAGGAUUGUCCAAAGAUACCAUAAUCCACUGAAUUUUUAUCAGUGAGGCUGACUAACAGAUUUUUCCUCUGAAGUCACGUGUAUUAAUCUCAGCUGCCCAAACCAUUUACAAAGUUGUAGGUUGCUAUCACCAACUCACCUGGGCCAGGCUGUGCAGCUGAACAUGCAUGGAACAGCUGCCUUGAGACUUAGCUGUGAGGAGAAGUGUCUCCUCCUUGCUUGCAACACUAAAACUGAACUGAAUUUUUAAGACAAUUGCCUUAAUUAUCAAAGAACUAAAACAUCAGUGGAGCUCUGAUCUGUGAACUAUUUUCUCUCUGAUUGCAACAGACAGCAUUAACUACUUCUUCUCUUUGGUAAACUGUCCAUCCACAAUACCCAGAUUUCUCAUCCCACAACCACAAGUGGGAAACAAGUGAUUCCAAGGGAUCAGCAGUGAGUCUCAGCAAGCUCAGAGCAGCAAGAUAUUUAGGAAAAGCUGUCAAUGCAAAUGUCAGAUAAAUUGACUGGCCAAGUUUACAGUGGACAGCUCCUCAAACUCAGUUGGAGGAGGUUCACUGAGAACCAGUAAACUGCAGUAAUUCUGGUUAAGCUUGAACAUAUACCAAUGGUCUGCAUAUUCCAGAUGUGCAGUCAGAGAACAUCUAUUAACUUCAUCUGCAAAAGGUAAUUGAGAAAAGCAAGAAAAUUGUCACUGAGUUUAAACUUGUUCUAUCUGCCCUUACAUUUUUUAACAUGUAGCUUCCUCCUUUUUGUGAGAACUACAGAUUUCAUUGGAAAAACAGGGCAUCAAAGAAUUAAGCAGUGAAAUAUUGUGCCUUACCACUGCAGAUCUGGUCUUUUACCUGAAAUGAAUUCAGUCCAGCUCGAUUUAUGCACCACAGAUGAGUGCUAGAACAGCUGAACAGUAUCACAAUGCAUGCUUAAAAGAAACCAGACUUUACUAAGCCAGUAAUUAUGGAAUUGUUUAUAUAAAAAAAUGGAAUAGCAUGGGAACAUCUAGUACUUCUUGCAUGAGCUGCUGGAAAGAAUACAGGAAAAUAUAACUACAGUAUUAGCUAAAAUGAAGACAGGACAAGUUGUAAAAAAUAUGCUGGUUCUCUCUUAUGUGUCAUCAUGCUGGACCAAAAUCCACUGUCUGUUUCAGACCCAAUGAAAGUUCUGAAAUUGCCUUUUUAAAAGUAAGGUUUUGCAUCAUGCUGUGUGGAGAAAGAGUUCACCUCAGAGAUUCACAGCAAAACAAAAGUAAGUUGGUUCCUAGGCAUCCUUAAUUUGGUGCACUAAUAGGAAAGCAGGCAGAGAGAAUCCCAGUGUGGUGCCAGAUCCUCAGGAGCUGUUACAAGCACACAGUGCUUAUCACAGAGUGAUGAAGCUUUGCCUGCCUUAAUGCAAGUUAAACAUUUUGUCAGAGACACAUUGAUAAAGCAGUUACCUAAUGGUGAUAAACUGAAAAAACAUCAGGAAUACCCAGUGGCUGAUUUACAUCUUCUGCAGAAAAAAAAAAUACAGAAUGUUAUGCUUCUUUUCUUUAGUGAAGAAUUUAAUUCACUAUAAUAUUAGAGAAAAUAUUAUUACAAACAGCAACAAAGACUGACGCUAAUGCAAAAUCUAGGGAAUUCAAGAAGUGAGAUUUUUGCAUUGUUCCCUUAGUUCCUCAAAUAUUUUUUAUAUAAAAUUGUAUUUCAUGGGACUUGCAUGGGGAACAUUAAUCAAAUUUAUGUACAAAAGUCCCAUAAAACCAGCACUUACAGCAGAUGAACUGGUCAUGGCAACAAUAAACAUGAGUAUAUUGGACACUGCAUGGGUAAUACACUGAAAAAAGCAUAGAAAUUAUAUUCCCCUCAACCAAAUCUUUCAGAGUGGCUCUAGUGCUAGCAAACAGAGCAAUGGAUGGAAAUUCAUGGACAGGGUCCCUUAAAUAGCACUUAUUACUUUACAGGUUUGAGACCAUGAAGAGCAGGUAGCUCGCAGUGUGGGUUUUUUCAAAAUGUGAUAGGGUCACUUACACUCCUAGUGCAGGCACUUCAGGUGAUUUAUGGCCAAGAUACGUGGUAUGCAUUAAUGUAGAAUGAUUUGUGAGGGUUUGGGGGAAAAAGAAGCAAAAAGUGUGACCAUGCACAACUGUUGUAAUCCCACAAAAAAAUUGCCCCUACUACACAGCCAGCUGAGAGCUGGCAGCUGGAGAGCAGGGACACCUCCAAUGUUGGUGUUUACACCAUUUUCUUUGACAAAUUGAAAAUAACUGCAGAAGAAUUUGUUUGGAAUUGUAUCUGAACAGCCUUCUGAGCUCCUGCCUAGCAGUCCCCUCAAGAGGCUGGGCAGGCUGAAAAUGUGACACCGGCUAAAAUAUCAAAAGCAACAUUUUGACAACCAAAUCAUGAUAAGGAGCUGCCUCCUCAUUCACAUGGGUUUCAGCUCCUGCUCUGGCCCCCUGCUCACUCUUGUGUUGGUGUGACCAGCUGUGUAGUGGUGCAAUAAACUGAUCAGGUCAAAAAUUGCCAUGGCUUUUUCUUCCCUGAGUUACUUUUUACAGAGCUGAGCUCUCUGACCUUGCUCACGGGGUGGUUGCACAGGGAGAUGAGCUAAGAGCUCCCUGAGUCCACAGCAAAGCAGACACAAAGCCAUAGGACAAGGACAGAUGUCUGCCCCAGGAGCUGAACUUCUGCUGGAACUGCCACAGCAGGGAUUUGUGAGCCUGCUGCCUUCACACAGCACCCCAGUUCCAGCACCUACACUGUGUGUGGACCUCAGGUGGAAAGGGGCCAGCUGGACAAGUGCCUUCCCUCAUUCAAAAUCUGCAUUUAAAACUAGUUUAGUUUGUUGACUACAUGAUUUUAUAUGUAUUUUUAUCUUAAUAUUGUUAUGUUGUGGGAAAAUAGAGACUUUGUUAUGUAAAAAUGUGUGAUGUGUUAUAGUAAUAUAUAUUUGUAUAUGUAUAGGAAAUGCAUUAUUUAAUACAGCAUAUUAUGCUUGUAUCUUGCUAACAUUCUAUAGGAAGAAAAGAUGUUAGUUUACACUCUGGGAAAAAUAAAUUUUCUAUACACUGUAACCAUAGGGAAAAAAAUCAAAUAUACUUCUUUGGUAUAUAAUGAUAGAAAGACAUUGAGAAUAGGGGAACUCAGCCUCAGUUUUGUGACAGAAUAGAUGCUGAUGAAGCAAUUGCUGUAAGAAACACUUUUCUCCUUUGAAUCUCAUUUCUAGCCUGUAAUUAUAUUAGGCUGUUCAUCAGAUUCUGCAAAUUCAUGUGCAUAUACUCUCUGGAUGAUUUUUACCAUCAAACAUGUAAUCUGUUUUUUCAAUCAAGCAUUAACAUAAUCUUCUUUAGGACUUGUUUCUAGCAGACUUUCUACAGCCAGGACAAUGCUGAGGAAGUUUAUCACAUUGCUCAUACAGACAACCCAGUGGGAUUGCAAAAUUAAAUUUAUGUAUUCCAAGCCCCAUUGGCAAUAGUAUAAAUAGGAGAUUUUUAUGGAUAGUCUUGGAAACUGCACUGAAACAAACACAUCAGCAGACACAUGGCUGCCACUGAGUGAGCAUAAGUAGCUAUUCCACUUUCAUCUUCUGCUUAAUAAGCCUUCUCAGGCAGUGAGAAGGAACACAUUUUUCUAGUGCACCACUUUGCCUAAAGGAAGGGUGAACUACAAAAACAACUCUUGACAAAAACUUGUCCAACUAGUUCUUACUGCCUUACAGCAGUAUUUCACAAUCUUCCAAUGAAAUACAGUUCACUGAUAGUUUCACCUGAAUAUUGUUGUGGACAUUUAUGAACAAUUCUGCUGCCUUGAGAGUGGAAAAUACAGUUGCAUUCAGAAAAUACCAUUUCUUUUUGUAACAACACAUCCCCACUACACACACAUUUCACACUACUCAGACUCUCUCAGAUUUACUGAGCACCUGUGCUUUGGGAUGAAAUUUGGCAUCAUGAACUUCAGUCUCAAGACAUUUUGCUACAAAUCCAAAAGCUAUUAUAUGAACCACAUAAGGCUGUCAAGAAACCAGAAUAAAUCAAACUGGAGAUGACUCGCUGCUGAAGUAUGCGCUGUGUUUAUAACUGUUCACCCUGCAUUCAGCAAAUGGUUGUAAAUAAUAAUUAUUAAAAAUAAAUACAGUGUAUUUGUGCAGGAGGAGUUCAGUUAGGAUGACUAAAGUGUAUACAAACAUGAAAUAAAGGAGGUAGGAACUGCUGCAGAGUAUUAGAGCUGAGAAUGAUUACUUGAUACAUAAAGUAUGAUACUGCUCUGAGACAAAAUUUCUGAGGUAACAGCAAAUUGAAAGUUUUCAGUUUAUAUGUUUUCAAACUUUUAAAAAGAACUGGAGCAAUUCUUUCAGUGUUUGUUUUGCUAAUUGCAGCAAAGUGUAAUGCUGUUUCCACUUUCUUGCAAGAUUCAUCUUUUCUCUAAUUAAUUCCUCGUGGCCAAAAUAAUGCUACAGUUUAAGAAGCCUUCUGCAACUUUUUAUGUAAACACCAGAAAACCAGUGACAAAUACCAAAAGCUUUUCAUGAAGACUCAUUUUUCUUUUAGAAACACAAUUGUCACAGGGGACUGGCCUGCCCUUACACAGGGGAGGUUAUUCUGCUCUCCUUUCUUGCCAUUCUGGUUAUGAGACUCUGGCACUUUGAUUCUGAGAACUGUUCCUUUCUUUUUUCUUGGCUGUUUCCUAAGCAGCAGUUUCAUUCCCCAUGAGGGAAACAGGUUCUUUAUUCUGAAAGAGACACUUUUCUAUGAAGCAUUUAAGUCACAGGAGCACAGUGCUUUCACAGCAAGAAAAAAUAUCUGGUUUCAGGUAUGCUAUUGUCUCUCUAGACAGAGAAUUAGGGCAGGCUGGCUCCACAGGGUAUGAACAUGGCCAUCCUUUUACGGGCAUUUUUCUCUUCACACUACCCAAGUAACAACAAACGUUACCUAACAGCUGUCACAGGAUUUGACAGAUGCACAUGAUACUGCAGAUAGUGUUACAGAAACACCAAGUGUUACCAUCAUGUACAAUCCAUUAAGAAUAAUCUGCUCCUGCUUGUCUUUUUCUACUAUAUCGAGGUUCUGUGGAGGUUUGUGGUGCCCCACAGGACUCUCAUUUUGUCACAAAUUUGUUCCUUAAACAUCGAACCUGAAAAGUAAAAAGAACCUCCCCCACUCACCAAGUAUCAAAAUGUUCAACAGCAAAACAGGUGGAGGGAAGGAAGAGAAGGGAGAUUCAGAUGUGACCUGUCAACAUCUGAGUUACCAGCCACCCCCAUACAGGGAUUUUAUGCUAUUUGUAAAAACCCGUGUUUCAUGAACUCAUUUGCAUAUAAAAGGCAAAUCUGUAAUCACUGGCAAUUGCCAAGAUUCUGUUCACUGAGCAAAAAAAGGAGCACAUACUUUAUUUGGGAAGCACUUGCUCCUGCUGCUCUUCAAGUAUUGUGCCUGUCUUCCCACACAGACCAGGCUUUUCUGUUGUACCUGAGAUCAGGAUGGGAACUGAUCCUCAUGCUCUGAAGGGUCCCUACAAAAUAAAACUCUUGAACAUCUUGUCAUCCCAAAUGGGAUUAUCACAUAUGAAAUAAGGAGGGCUGGAGAGAAGUAAGGCUCACUUCUUGGCUGAAUCCUGAGGUGAUUGAAUUACAGUGCAUUUGAACAUAGAUGAGACAUGGGGAAAGUCCAGGGGAUUACUGGGUGAAAAUCUCUGGGAGAAGGAAGAAGCUGGAGAAUCCUGGAAAAGGCUCUGUGAGUGUAUCACUGGAUGGGAAAUGAAUAAUACAUGAAGGUGAACUGUGUACACAAUAACAUACAU